CUUCAUUCCAGACACCAGCAAAAGCAAGAGGGAGAGGCGGCUCGCUCAGUCCCGCGCCGAGCGCAUUCCUUUUCGCAAUCUUGGAGAGGAGGAGAGGGGACGCUUGUUGCAAAGGGGAAAUCUGCCACCUGUGUACGAAGAGAGCGCCCCGGCGCCUGCCAAAGCUGCUUCUUCGCCGUCGGGCUGUUGUUUGGCUCGGACGGUCCUUCCAGGACCCAGGGGUGCCAAGGGGUACCCCACUCGCCGCCGCCGCUAUGCGCCUCUCCACCCGGCCGCCGCUGCUGCUCCGUGUAGCCCAGCUGCUGGCGUGCGUCUAUUGGAGCUGCCUGUUGUGCGCGCCGUCGGGCGCGCUGCCUCAGCCAAGGAACCCGCCGCCGCCGGCCGUGUGGAGGCAAAGGAUUCAGUGGGAGAACCAGGGGCAGCUAUACAGUCUGCUCAGCGUGGGCUCCCAGUACCAGCCGCCUCGGCGGCGCGCAAGCCAGCAGCCCGCGCACGGCGGCCACGUGUUGCUCCUCCGGGGCAAUGGCACCGCUCCGCGCAGGGCGCAAGCGGUCGCCGCCGACGGCACCACCCGGAGACCCGAGGCGCAGCACUGGUUCCAAGCCGGCUACCAGCAGCCCGCCGGCGACAGGGGGCGCGGGGCAGACGGCGCUGCCAGCAGCAGCUCUCGGCGAACGCCCCUCGCCAGCGCCCCCUCCAGGCCGGGCAACAGCAGCGGCGCGCCUCCUCUGAGCAACUUCCCUCGGGCGCGCGGCUUAGACCGCAUGGUGGGCGAUGACCCCUACAACCCGUACAAGUACUCCGACGACAACCCGUACUAUAACUAUUACGACACGUACGAGCGGCCCCGGCCCGACAGCCGACAGCGGCCCGGUUAUGGCACCGGUUACUUCCAGUACGGUAAGAGCGCGCAGUUUGCCACGCGACGGGCGCUGCCUCUCCGAGAGAAAGUGUGGCGAGGAAUUGCGCCCCUGCAGUGACUUAAACGUGGAGUUGGUCGCUUGCUCUGCCAACAGCAGUCGCCCUCCAAAAAAAGCCCCAACCACCCUUUUUAAAACGUGGUGGGUUUUUUUGGGGGGGGAGGGGGUCGUUGUUUUUAUUUCGAGUAUAUAUUUUGUGGUUUUAUCUUUUGAUUUUGUUCUGCCGUCCGCCCUGAGACAUCCGGGUAUAGGGCGGUAUAUAAAUUCAGUUAAUAAUAAUAAUAACCCAACCCCGACGCAGCCACGUGGCAAAUCCUGCCCUCCCCGCCAGACGGCACGUUUAACACGGAGCGCUUGGCAAGGCGGCCGGCUCCACUGCCGUUAUUCGCCAUCUGGUUCCAGCCCUCCCCCUUUGCCCCUCACCGUGUCUGCGUUGUUGUCAGCCUGGAACUUAUUGCACGAGAAUAUCCCUUAUUCACUGGAAACUUUUUUUUCAACAAGGGUUGUUUCUCUGUACCUUAAAAAGUAAUGUUAAAAAAACAACAACAACCCACAAAUCAACUUCUACAAUUCAGUGCAGAGCGCUGGAGUGGGAAGGUUUUUCAGGAUAAACGUUCUGUUAUCUUAGCGGUGGUUCAUUUCCUUUAUGCUGGAGGGAGUGGGGUUCUGUCCUACUGCUGCACUGACAUUUUAACUCCAGCCCACAAGCCCCCUUGCCAGCUAUCAAAAAAGCUCUCUGCGCAUGCUCAGAGGCACUGUUAUUAUUAAAUCUGCUCCUGUGUGCAAACUGCUGGGGCUGAACCAUGGAUCAAUUAAGACCCCUACUACACGCUUUGAAGAAAGAAGCCUAAUGAUUAUAGCACCCCUGCCCCCAAAUUUCCCCACUCCCAGAACAAAGGAAACUUGCACCAAUGCUCUGUCUCUCUGCUUUAAAGUAAGGCUGGAAGAUGCCCUUCAUCUUCAGGCUCUUUGAACGGGGUUAAUUCAAACCACAACCUGCCUAAUGGAUGGCCAGCAUCAUUUGUUUCGGCAUAGCUGCAGGUCCAUAUAACAAAGAGCAAAGCUCCACAGUGUCGGACACAUUUCUGGUAUUUUGAUCUGGCAGACUUAAGUGUACUCCUCAGCUGGUGUCCUUAUGAGGAAGAAUGCCUUGAAGAUUUAUGAGAAAAAUUGCUUUGGAGAGUGCUGUGUUUCACAGUAUCUGCCAAUCUGCAAGGCACGUUGUCUUUUCAUAUUCCUCCCCCCCUUUUGAUCUUGAGAAAAAUGACUCUUGGUUCUUGUUAACCACCCAUGGGUGUGAGAGAUGUGGAUUGUAUGUAGUGUUUAGGAAGAUUUAGUUUGUGACUCCUCUAAGAUAGGCAAAAUGAAGUUUGCAAACAUGUUCUGGGCUUGAUCAGUUGUUUCUCUCUCUCUCUCUCUCUCUCUCUCUCUCUGUGUGUGUGUGUGUGUGUGUGUGUUGUGGCAUGAUGCACUGCAGGUCUCCCAGACUUGGUACCAGAUCCGUACUACAUCCAAGCAUCCACUUAUGUGCAGAGGACUUCCAUGUACAACCUGAGGUGCGCUGCUGAAGAGAACUGCCUAGCAAGGUAAACAGGAGUCACUUCUGCCCCUUGGUUUAUGUUGGCAUUGGAUUCCUGCCUGAAUCUGAUGGGAAGAUCUGGAGUCUUAGAACGAGGGUUUGUAAAAGAGGCACCCACCAGAUUAGAUUCAGAAUGUCACAUUGAAAUUGGUGGGAUAAGUUGGUUGUUGUUACCUUAAAAAGUACCGUUGCUUUCAAUAGGACCAAAGCACGGCCAACUUUGUGUGGAACCACAACAUUGCUUUUACAUCACAGUUCAGGACACGCUGACAAAAAUGUCACAAUGUCACACUGGCAGCUUAACGAGAGGGAAGAGGAGUUAAUUUCAAAAGUAGCAGAGAGUUCUGCCUCCAUUCCAGUUGAUGAAACAUACUGUUUCUAUUACCCUCUGCUGAGAGCUGGAUGACCAAACUACAAGGCUUCCAUGCCCUUAUUGUUUGGGAAUUACUGCCUUAAAAAGUGCCUGUUUUUCAUUAAGUCAGUGCUUCGCUAAUUUUUGAAAACAAGUCCCCCUUGAACACAUGGUUUACAAAUUGUGAAAUAAGUUGGGUGUUUUUUUUUUUUAAAAAAAGGCAAAAUCUUGCUAUUUGAUGAUUGCAAUUUGCAAUCAGCUCUUAAUAAACCAUUUACUUUCUGAUUAUUAUUAUUAUUAUUAUUAUUAUUAUUAUUAUCAUUAUUCCAUGGUUUUUCAACCAAUCCAUAUCUACUAGGGAGAAAAUUCCAUUGAACUCAGUUAGACUUCUUUGUAAAUAUGCAUAAGAUGAGGCUGUGAGGAUACUAAUAUAAAAAUAUGUAUUUUAGAUCUGAUGGAAUAUUGUUAUGCAAAACAGCCUCCAAAAAUUAGUUCAUAGCAAUGCCAGCCAAGAUUUGCCAAUAUGCUUUUUACACUUGCAGCAGUGCCAGCAAACUGAUUAAGAAUAUAUUGUACUUGAGGAUGAUAGAAAAAUAGCUAGCUAAUGUUACACAACUCCAUCAUAUUCUUAGUUGACAUUUUAAAGGGGAAAUAUAGAAACUCUGCUGAAAUUGGCAGGAGAGGAAGGAAGUGGAGAUCACAUGGACAUGAUCAGCAGGAAGAGGAAUCAACACCUACUCUGACUCAGCAGACACAAAAAAAUCUGGUAAAAGAUUUGGACUUGGUGGCCCAGUACACAAAGCAAAUUUUGGUCUAUUGCAACAACAGAAAAUCCACCUUUCAUAGGACACCAACAAGGGAAGUUAAAAAGUAGUUCAGUAAAUAAAAAGUAGGCAUGGGGUAUGUUUUAUCUGACGUUCAGCCAUGGCCUACUACUUCUUAGUUUUUAAAAAAUAUUUUCCUAAAUAUAUUAUUGAACUAAUGCAUACUUCCUCUGAUUUGAAGAGAGGAAUUGGGUAUGCUCCUCAACUUGGCACGUGCUGGGCAUAAUCAAAAAGGAGUCAAACAUAAACAUUAAUAGCAAAUGGAAUAGUAGUAGUAGUAGUAACAAUAGUAAAUUGUUAUUUUUUUUUCACCUAUGAGGUCUCAAGACAGGUUUCCACAAUUUAAUAAUACAGUAUUAAAAUCAGUUAAAACAAUAACAGUCAAUAGAAUAGGGUGGCUCCUAAAAUACAUAUUUCAGGUGUCAAAGGUCAGGGUAAAGAGGCACAUCUUCAGCAUAUAAUGGAAACUGCACAAUGAAGAUUUCCUCCUCUCUGGGGAAGGAAUUACACAGCUUAGGAGUUGCCAUAGAAAACUCCCUCUCCCAGUCUACCCCUCUCCCAGUAGGGGUGGGGGAACUACCAAGAGGGUGGGCCCCCUCUGCCAAUCUUAACACCUGAGAGGGUCUGUAGGGAAGGGAAAACACUGAUAUAUACCGCAUUGGACAUUGUUAAGCAGCUUCAGCUCUCGUUAUGUUGCAUUCUCUAAAAAUCCCCAAGAGAUCGUUUCAACUAUAAUAAAUACAAAUGUCGCACCAUAAGGCAAAGUGUGUUUAACGAGCAAUUUCAAGCCUAUUUCAUGCGCAUGUAUGUUUUACAUAUUUGCAGCUCAGCUUACAGGUCGGAUGUCAGAGACUAUGAUAACAGAAUGCUUCUGAGAUUCCCCCAGAGAGUGAAAAACCAAGGCACUUCGGAUUUCUUGCCAAGCAGACCACGAUACUCUUGGGAGUGGCACAGUUGUCAUCAGUGAGUGAAGGGCUCAGUAUGGUACUUUCCAAUUAUGUUCACUUGCUGUUUGUUUGUUGUGAUGUGGCUUCCAGCACUCCACUCCACUCCCUUCCCCUGCUCUUGCUGCCAUGCAGAAAAUAGCAGGAGUCGAACCCUUACCCACUGAACUCAAGUUUACAACCCUGCUUUAGGAAUACAGUGGAACCUCGGUUUUCAAACGCAAUCCGUUUCAGAAGACUGUUCGACUUCCGAAACGUUCAAAAACCAAAGCAUUCAAUUCCAGCAGUAUUUACUUACAGAAAACUCAAAACGGAAGCCAUUUGACUUCCAAAAAGCAGUCGAAAACCAAAGCAGUUACUUCCGGGUUUUCGGCAUUUGUAAACUGAAACGUUCGACUUCCGAGACGUUCAAAAACCGAGGUUCCACUGUAGAAAAUAAAUAGGAGCUAUUCCAAUGUGAUGGAAAACUUAACUUGUUCAUCUUCCAUGUAUACAUUUUGGACAUUCAGAACAUACUUACUCAGUAAUCAGUGGAAAUGUUAGGUGGGUGAAAUUGGUCGACUCAAGGUGAUGUUGGUAUCCGAGCUCUUUAACUCAAUGAACAUUUCCUGCAUAUGGGAAGGAUUCAAAGAUGUGCUAAUAUAGGUAUGGUUUCUGUGAUCUGAAGACUGCUGUACAACAGAAGGUAGCCUUUGGUUUUCAGCUGCUUAGGCCACACAUAGGGCAAAUAUUACCUUCGUUGAUUUUAGACCUGCCUUUGCCAAUCUGGUGCCCCCAGAUGUUUGGUACCACAACUCACAUCAGCUUGGGAGGGCCUGCAAAGGCAGCUUUAGACCCAAAGAGGGACAUUUGUGUUGAAACAUGUUACUUGAUUCCAUCUUCUGUUGGAAUCAACAAUAAGAAAAUACAGUGGAGAUAAGAUGUUGAAGUGGCUGUCUAAAGUUAACCUAUUUCCCCUCCAAAUAAAUAAAAAAAUUGUCCAGUAGCACCUUAGAGACCAGCUAAGUAUGUUCUGGGCAUGCACACAAGAAGAUAUCUGAAGAAGUGUGCACACACAGAAAAGCUUAUAUCCAGAACAUACUUAGUUGGUCUCUAAGGUGCUACUGCACAAUUUUUUAAUUUAUUUCGACUGCGUCAGAUCAAUACGGCUACCUACCUGAAUCUAUUUCCCCUCCACCUACUCUACUGUGAGAAAUACAAUGUAGCAACAGAACACGCCUUUCACAAUAUGACCAAUGAAUAAUCAGAAGCAUAAUAAGGCAAUGUGUGUAAAACUAGAACAUAUUUAACACAGUGGAGUUUAAAUAUCAAAAUAUUUUGCGUAAAUACUUGGGGGCCGCUGAUAGAAAAAGAAUCAGAAUCCAUAGUAUCCUUGGAAUUUACAGUAUACAAAGUAAGCAUUUUUCAUUCAGAUGAACGAUAUAGACUCAUAUGCUUCCUAAUUCUUGCAGCAGGAAAUUUUGGAACAACAAUUUUGCUUAGUCUUUAAACAAACUAAAUGCUAUGCAACAAUUUACUCUCAAGAGCUGUAUUUGUAAUAUAAUUGUUGAAUAAUGAAACUAUAUGAAGAACAGUAUCAUAGGGCAACAAAAUAUUAGCCCAUUAGUUUGGAAUAAUAAACAGCGAUUGUAAGGCUCUAUGCCAACGUUGUUUUGCUGGGCCACUAUUAUUAUUAUUAUUAUUAUUAUUAUUAUUAUUAUUAUGGUUGUUGGGUUAACACUUAAUAAAAAAGUUUGCCUGUGGUUUAACAGACACUACCACAGUAUGGAUGAAUUCAGCCAUUAUGACUUGCUUGAAGCAAGCUCCCAAAGGAGGGUAGCUGAAGGACACAAAGCAAGCUUUUGUCUUGAAGAUACGUCCUGCGAUUACGGAUACUAUAGAAGGUAUGCGUGUACAGCACAUACGCAGGUAAGGUAGUCACUGAUCAUUUUUCAUCUCUUGCUGUCAGAAUAAAGAUGGAUUUCAAACAUCAGUCUUGACUGACCCUGAAACAACAGCACCAUAUAGGCUUCAGGGAAUCUGUUUCCCCUCCCUCAUGGCAGGCUGCCAGUAAUGGAAAGACACGAAGCUCUUACUAAGGUCUUUUAUUCAGUAUUCACAGAGAGAUGUAGAAAUGCCAUCUCUUGGAUAAUGACGUUGAAACUGGUAUCACAAUCUGAACUUCAAACCAGUUUCAGACAAUGCAUUCAGAUAUCUUCCAGCUCUGAUCCCUAUAUUGGUUGCAAGGGGUACAACUAAGUUUAGAGGCAACUGGCAACUACCUUCUUGUGAGCCCCUACAGAUUUAGGUCCUGGAAUGCUUUCCUAACUUUUCUGCAAACUGGCUAGCUGAGUCUCUUAAGUAUUAUAGCAUCUGAUUGCUACUAUGAAUUCUUUUAGAAUUCUUGCGGCUUCAUCCGCUGUUUUGAGACCUGUGCUUGUUGCAAAGUAUUUUCCUCAGCAAAUGAGGACUGCAUCCUAUUUUUUAAAAAAAUGCGCAUAGCUGCCAGCUCUCAGUAUACCCAUGAGCUUUCUUUCCGCAGCAAGUACGCAACCCUUGCCAAGUGACACACAGUCUGUGGCAAAACAUUGUACUUUUCGUAGGGGCAGCCAGGCACCACUCAGAAUGAUUUCAGGGUAGGGAAAGGAACUGAACAGCACACAUUACGUAGACCCAAAGAGCUGCGAGUUCAAGGCUUAAGGGGAGCUGUCAUUUCAGGACAAAAAUAUGUUUCCUAAAGUCAAGCCUCCCUUUUAACCUAGCAAAAUAACAAUGAGACAUGAAAAGAGCCUAAGUCCUGUUUUACCAAGUUACCCUAAUGGGAAGCUCACAAAGAGGUCCUGUCCUUGUGACUUGCAACAACUGGGAGGAGAAUAUAGUGGGGGGAAGAAUAUAGUGAUUGUGUCUAGCAGCCAUUGAUAUCCUUGUCUUUCAUGAAAAUGGCUCCUUUGCUUUUGAAUGGGAAAAUACUGGAUCUUUUGUUUGUUUCGGAAGGCAAAAUUAUUUUGCUAGAAUUUAGACCUUUUCUAUAAGGGUCAUUCUAUUCAUAUAGCAGGAGAGCAAUCAUUUUGAUAGAAGUAAUGGUGGCAGUAUGGUGUUAUGAAUCACUGAGAAAUGCUAACUAUCCAGGCAAGCUUUUUGGCAUUUGUCAACAUUGUACUUUUUAUAUAUAUAUAAAAAAGAAAGUUAAGACUUUCACUUCACUUUCCUGCUACACUUUGAUUUUAGGGAUUGAGCCCUGGGUGUUACGACACAUACAAUGCUGACAUAGACUGCCAAUGGAUUGAUAUCACAGAUGUUAAACCUGGAAAUUACAUCUUAAAGGUAUGGAAAUUACAUUUUAAAGUUAAUAAUAAUAAUAAUUAUCAACAUAUGAACUUGCAAAGUACAGCAUGCAUUUCUUUUGCAGGUUAGUGUAAACCCGAGCUACUUGGUACCAGAAUCCGACUACUCCAACAAUGUAGUGCGUUGCGAUAUCCGUUAUACAGGUCACCAUGCAUAUGCGUCUGGCUGCACAAUUUCACCGUAAGUAAUUUCCUGUUUACACAUUUUUACACCAAAAGUUUACACAUUUUUAUGUUCUUUCCAAAAAUGUGUUGCACAGAAUGUAUUUUAUAGAAUGAGACUUUUUGGUCUUAUCUCAACCACAUAAUGCCAAACCACAUAAUCCCUCCUUUCCUCCUCUUAUCUGGUAGAAGGAUGAGCUCAAGAAGCAUUCAUUUGUGCUUUUAAACUAACAAAGUUCCUUUUCAUAUCACAGGGGGUCAAUGGCUAGUUCAAACUAGGCUUUGUUCAAACAAGCUAGGAUCAAACCAUGGCUUAUGACCAUCACUUGUUUAAAUCAAUUGGAAUUCCUGAGUUCAAAUGUAACGGGGAACUAUGGUUAAGUUAAAAGUGAGAGCAGAUGCUUCCAAUUUCUUGGAGGGGGGAAUUGUACGAUUCUGAGUUAUGUGCAUAUUAUGCUAACAUAUAAAAAGGUAAAGGGACCCCUGACCAUUAGGUCCAGUCGUGGCCGACUCUGGGGUUGCCGUGCUCAUCUUGCUUUAUUGGCCGAGGGAGCCGAUGUACAGCUUCCGGGUCAUGUGGCCAGCAUGACUAAGCCGCUUCAGGCGAACCAGAGCAGCACAUGGAAACGCCGUUUACCUUCCUGCCGGAGCGGUACCUAUUUAUCUACUUGCACUUUGAUGUGCUUUCGAACUGCUAGGUGGGCAGGAGCUGGGACCAAACAACGGGAGCUCAUCCCGUCGUGGGGAUUCGAACCGCCGACCUUCUGAUCGGCAAGUCCUAGGCUCUGUGGUUUAACUCACAGCGCCACCCGCAUCCCUAUAUAUAGUUAUAUAUAUAGUCCCUAUAUAUAGUCCCUAACAUAUAGUUUAGUGCUAUUGACUAAAAAGGCUCAUUCUAUAAAAUGCAGGCUUCCCUUCCUGUCAUUGUAACAAUGGCUGUAUUCAUAUAUCACAAUAAAUCUUAGUUACUGUGAGCACAAUCCCUGGCUCAGUGUUACAUAUAGAUCAAGGACCAUGGUUUGUGUUCCUCCAAUCAAACCAUGGCUAAUUUGAGGUUUGAUCCUGGUUUCUUUGUAACAUGGUCCCUGCUUCCUGCGUAAUCCUAGGUCAGGGAUUGGAGUUUGUUGCUCCCACUCAUACAGACGCAGGGGAGCAAAGCAGUAACAAUCUUAGUGUUAAUAGUAAACCAUUAACCAUGGUUUACCAUAAUGUAUGAACAUGGCCUGUUUAUGUCAUUUUUCUUAGACUCAGUUGUUUUGUUUUCAGAUUUGAACCUCUUCAUAGUGAAAUGAUGUGCUUUAUUCUUUGGCUUUUCAUAAAAUCUGUAAGAUUGAAUGGCCUAGAAUGAACUUAAGAGUAACGCAAGUGUUGAAUUGCUUGCCAGUGCAAGACACUCAAGUCAGAUUCUUUCUGAAAUACUUCUUUAGAAAUCUUGUUUUGAGGAUUUAAAGGGAUUUGUACAUUCCUACAGCAGUAGGACUUAGCAAGCGUCAGCUGUUAUUUCUGGCUCACACAACUUUCCGGAUACUGCUUAUGCAUUCCACAUACAGAGCAUCCUUACAAAAACCCAGAGAACAUUGCUAAGGAAGUUCAAACGAAUCCAAGCUGACUUUAGUUUUACCAAGCCCCUUGGGGAUUGCCCAUAUACAGUUGGUCUGGUCCAUCAUCCAGGCCCACACUUGCAUAAAUAGAUGAAUUAUGUUUGACACUGAUAGCACUGCCAAUGGUCUUUUGGACAGGACUUCCCCUAGCAGUUAUGGGAGUCACUGUAUCUGGUCUCGCUGUUUUCCCAUGUAAAUGUGUGCCUGGGGAGAUAGGAUUGUUAACAUGGUUGCAUGGAGAUAUCUGCUGUGGGUGGGGAUCUGUGCUUCAGAGGAAGUUGCAACUCUGGCGUUCAGUAAUUAGCAUGAGCUCAUCUGUAUAUAACAAUGCAACGUUUGUCUUUAAUACCCCUGUUCCAAUAUCCAUGUUUAUUCUUCAGCUUGCAUUAAGGAACAAGCUAUUAAACGCAUUCUAGAGAACACCAGCACCAGUACUAGCCCUAAGAAUAGGCAAUUAUAUUUAUUCAUCCAAACAAACCCACUGAACUUAUUUUUGUCACCACUAGCCCAAAGUUGCAGUUGGUUUACAGAAUCAACAAGUUAAGAGGCCUCGCCACAGGCUUUUAUGAAUUCUUGCAAGUGUGAGUUUCUAAGAGCCCAAGAGCUAGAACAGCAGGAUUCUUAAGAGGUCAACAGUGACAUUAGCAGAGCAGCAAGAGGAAUUUGUCACAGCUUCUCACUAUGCUAAGAAAUAAUUUAAAACGACGUUCGGGGAACAGCCCCUUUUCUUUAAGAACCUGGCACAAUUCCAUUUGGAAGUAAUGAAAUGUUGUCUAAGUGCACGAGUGUUUAAACUCUUAACAAGACUUGUUAAUGUUAGAGACCUGUGCAAGGGUACAGUCAAUAGUGAUUUGUCUUUUACUGCAUCUCAUUUAGGUCAAUCAAUAGGAGCAGUUUAAGCAGAGGAAAAGUGUUGUGCUAAUGUUGCUUAAAUUUUAAAUCCAGCGACGAUAUCUGAAGGUCUAUUUAGUACUUUUGUCUUGAUGUAUAUUAUACUUAACGACUGCUUCUUUUCUCUUUAAUAGGUAUUAAGAUGAAAGAAAAUUUAUGCAACGGUGCCCAAGGUUUUGAGGUGAAAUUAUUUUAUAAACUUGAGACAGGAUGUAAAAACUUUUCAAAGCGAAAACGAAAAAAGGACCAGAGUAUAUACAAAAAGAAUUUUAAUGACUCUGAAGCAUUAAGACCUCCUUCAGAAUGAAUGUUGUCACUCAAUUCAUGUGUUCAACUUUUGAGGACAGUGAAAGAUUGGUGCUUUAUAUACAGUAUUUCAAAUUCUACAGGAAGUUUUAACCCAUUCACAGAAAUGCCUUUUCUCUGACUACUGGAAAAUCAGUACGCUAUAUGUGAAUGAGCUUAAGGAACAAUUUAAAGGAUAUUCAAAGAGUUACUUUAGGUUCAUAUAUGCCCAAUGGAAUCUUACACAUUUUACUUUUUUUUAACAACAGACUCCAACCCCUCCAUAUCAAAACUAUGCUUUUUACAUUUUCAUUUUCUUUGGAGGUUUAUUGCUAUGUGGCAAGUGGCCAGGGCAGUGGUGUCCAAAGGGUCAUGGAACUAAUUAUUUGGUCUGCAGCCAUAUAAUAAAUACUGAGAGUAAGGAGGAAGAGGAGGAAAAAUCAGUGGUCAUGGGGCAAAAUCUGGACCAAACUCUGGGGAAAUGAAACUUCCAACAGAGCUAAACACCCAGCAUGAUAAUUUUCUGUCCUUGGGACAAAAUGUAUUGUUCACUUUUUAAGAACUGUUCAUGCUUCAUGUAUAGCAAUGGCUAUUCAUGACACCUUUUCAGAUGAAAGUAUUUGCAUUUUAGACGUAUUAGCGGGCAAGUUUCUUCUUAAACCAGAUGCCUAUUGAUAUUUUGACAAGCCAUUUUUUCAGAAGAAAUAUGAAAUAGUGAAUUACCCAUUUCCAAUGUUUGCUGCAGAUUGCUUUGCACAUUUUCUUCUUUUUUUCCGUACAGCUCUAAAGAUUUUAAAUUACGAUUAUUUAGAAACUGUUCUCCCUUAAUAGAAUUUGGGUAACCUGGAUUAAAGCUGAUCUAUACACUCGGCAGAAAAAAAUAAGUCUAUUUACAAGGUGGAAUUUCUCAAUAUAUUCCAUUAUUUAGUGCAAACUUUAAUUGGUUUUAAAAAAAAAGGUUAGGAGUAAUAUAGUUUGGUAGCAUCACAAAACAAGGCUUAAAAGACUGAUUCACAAGGAGCUAAUGGAUGUUCUCCAUGAAUACUGUGUUUUAAACCUUGUAGGCAGUCAGAAAGAAGAAUACUAGCAGGAUAUUCAGUAGGCUGCAUACUAAAUAAUGCAGUACUGUAUUAUAUGAUAAUACCUGCCAUAUGCAGGAUUCCACAGGCAAACUUGUAAAUAAUUCAAGUGAAGAAAAUCAUAACUCCAAAUUGAAAAUUGGUUGUUAGAGGUAGAAGAAUCAUUCCUCCUUUGGCUAAAGUGAAAUAGAUGGGUUUCUCCACCCCCCAAAACUGUGAAAUAAUUUCUAGCAGAUGGGAGUCUUCCUUCCCACUACUAGCUUGCUGAAAGGCCCUAUAAAUAUUCAGUUGUUGGCCAUGCUUUUUAGCUGUUAGAACUAAAACUUGCUGCAUUUUGAGUGCAUUCCAUACAUUAAAUAUGAAAGAAGUGAUAUACAUUAAGCUUGGGGAAUAUAAGGACAUUUUCAAUAACCAUUUCUUGGAGAUGUUUAAUGGCUUGGAAUAUGCGUUUCAGAUUGUCUUGAAGACGCUCAAGCUCCUCCACUUUUAGUACUACAAUUUAUUUUGCAAAUUUAAACAAAUAUUUGUCAUCCACACCACUGUCUGUCCAGGCUGACAAGACCUGCUUCUGCCUAUUUUGCUUGCCAGUGCCUUCCCCUUAACUUGGAUAGUUCUGGUGGAUGUUGAAAUCACCAGUCCUACCAUGUGUAAUAUGUCCAGUAUCACACAUGAACAUAAGCAACACCCUUUCAUACAUCAACAACAAUUGCUAUCCACAUGAUAAAAAAAUUCCUUCCAGUAGCACCUUAGAGACCAACUAAGUUUGUUAUUGGUAUGAGCUUUCGUGUGCAUGCACACUUCUUCAGAUACACUGAAACAGAAGUCACCAGACCCUUAUAUAUAAUGAGAGGGUGGGGAGGGGUAUUACUCAGAAGGGUGGUGGGAAUAACACCAUUACUGGCUCCAACAACAUCAAACAUACCAUCUCAGGACUAUUUAAUUGCUCAACUUCUAACAUUGUGUAUGCCAUCAAAUGCCAGCAGUGCCCUUCAGUUCUCUAUAUUGGACAAACAGGCCAAACCCUACGCCAAAGGAUAAACGGACAUAAAUCGGACAUCAGGAAUCACAAGACAGAGAAACCAGUAGGAGAACACUUCAAUCUCCCAGGACAUUCUAUACAAGAUCUCAAAGCAGCUGCCUUAUUACAAAAGAAUUUCAGAAACAGACUGGAAAGAGAAGUUGCUGAAUUGCAACUUAUUACCAAACUUAAAACCAUGGAGAGACCUGGUCUGAAUAGAGACAUUGGAUUCUUAUCUCAUUAUACAUGAUGAAGCUAUUUUUAAUCAUCUCACCCCUUGCUUUUUCCUGUAAGACCAAUUGCAGUCAUUAACAGUCAGACCUAUCACCCAUUCCCACCACCCUUCUGAGUAAUACCCCUCCCCACCUUCUCUCUCUAUAUAAGGGUCUGGUGACUUCUGUUUCAGUGUAUCUGAAGAAGUGUGCAAUCACACGGAAGCUCAUACCAAUAACAAACUUAGUUGGUCUCUAAGGUGCUACUGGAAUUUUUUAUUUUUUUCCCCAACUACAACAGACCAACACGGCUACCUACCUUUAACUAUCCACAUGAUACGUGUGUAAGCAGCUUUGCUUGCUUAUAUGUAGAAAUUUUUCUUUCUUUUUAAAAGUGUUUUAGUAGCAGCAGGAAAAACUGUGGGCUGGUAUUGGGGAGCCAGUGACUACUGAGAAGAGCAGGGGGUCAGGAAAGCUGAUGGCAUGACGAUGGCAUCUCAAAGAAUAGGGCCGAGCAACUUCGUAGGACCACUAUCUCACAUUUAGCAGCAUUCCCAGUUACAAAAUUGUGUUUUCAUUUAUUGGAGGGAAGCAGGUUAUCUGCUGUUACAUAUGAUGUGAACUGGAAUAUCUGACACUUUUGGAUUCAGACCUCAGCCAAGAUUCACUUUGCCAAGAUCAGUUCUAACAAAGAAAGGUACUAAUUCAUGAAGAUUCAUGGCAGCUUGGAAGAUUUUCUUGUGGUUUUUGGAACACACGAGGAAUUAAUGGGCUACAUCUUUUUGCGAGAAACUAAUCCUUUCCCCUUCCAGCUGCAUGACACAGAGAUAGAUUUUCUUCCCUUUUUUUUGGCAGGCCCUUAUUCGGACUAUAGCAGAAAAUGUUUCUAAUUCAAAUAUUUCACAUUUAGAUCAAAGGGAUUUUUAAUGGUAAACUGAUUUUUUCCCCAGUCACCAUUUUAGUACCUCCCCAUAGGUUUAGUUGGAGAUAACUGAAGUACUAUAUUCUUACAAGUGGUCUAUCCUGUGCCUUACACCAAAAACAUCAUUUUCACAUUCCAGAUACUACAAAGGUGCUUACAUAUUUUAACUUGAAUUGAAAUAAACAGUUUUCUGUCAGGAAAUUUAUAAGCAACCAAAUGUUACAAAUUUAGUGAAGAGCCACUCUAACUUCUUGCAAGGA